AUGACUUCUCAUGACAUCGAAAAAGAUAUUGUGACUACGUGUAAGAUUGAAACAGUUAAGGCAAUAAUAGAGGAUAUAAAUAGUGACUACUUUGUUGUAUUGGUUGAUGAAUCUAGAGAUGUGUCACGAAAAGAGCAAAUGGCUAUUUGUCUAAGAUAUGUUGACAAAAUGAGGUUUAUGAUGGAGGCAUUUAUUGGACUUGUUCACAUUAAAGAUACUAGUGCUUUAUCUCUAAAGAAAGUAAUCAUAGAUGUACUUGCUCACCAUUCUUUGACUUUAUCUAAUGUACGUGGGCAAUGUUACGAUGGAGCAAGUAAUAUGCAAGGUGAGCUAGGUGGUCUUAAAACGUUGAUUAGACAAGAAAGUAGAUCGGCUCAUUCUGUUCAUUGUUUUGCUCAUCAACUUCAAUUGACUUUUGUUGCGGUUUCUAAAAAGUGUGUUCAAGUAGGUGAACUUGUAUUAUUAAUUUCAAAUAUUUUGAAUGUGUUGGGAGCUUCUUUUAAACGUGUGGAUAAUUUUCGAGAAUCUCAAAAAAAGCAUCUCCAAAUGGCAUUGGAUAUGGGUGAACUAGAAACGGGUAGAGGGUUGAAUCAAGAACUUGGUCUUGUUAAAGCCGGUGAUACUCGUUGGGGAUCUCACUACAAGUCAUUUGGAAAAUUUAUUAGUAGCUUUGACUCUAUUGUUGAUGUACUUGAUACUCUUGUUGAAAAUGCAAGUACUUUGGAAGAAAGAGCAAGCGCAUCGGGAUUUCUCAGAAGUUGUCAAACGUUUGAGACUAUUUUCUUGUUGCAUUUGAUGACAGAUGUUUUAGGAAUCACAAAUGAUCUUAAUGUUUCAUUACAGAAAAAGGAGCAAGACAUUGCAAAUGCCAUGAUUCUUGUAAAGGUAGCAAAGAGAAGGUUGCAAGCUUUAAGAGAUAAUGAAUGGGAUCCUCUCUUUAAAAAAAAUAUUGGAUGGGAUUCACUUAAAGAAAAGGUAGAAGCAUUUUGUAUCAAGCAUGGCAUUUCAUUACCCAAUUUUGAUGAUCCAUAUGCUAAUUCUGGGAGAUCACGACGUAAAGUAGUUAUUUGUACUACUUUGCAUCAUUAUCAUGUGGAUGUGUUUUAUAAAAUCAUUGAUUGGCAACUACAAAAACUUAAUGAUCGUUUCAAUGAGGUGACAAGUGAUUUGCUUAAUGGAGUAUCUUGCUUGAAUCCAAUUGAUUCAUUUUCUAGUUUUGACAUAAAGAAGAUAAUGAGAAUGGCUGAAUUAUAUCCUGAUGAUUUUGAUGGGUCCAACAUGAGAGCUCUUGAGAAUCAACUUGUUAAUUACAUUAUUGAUGUUCGUGAUAUUGAUGAAAGGUUCUCCAAUUUGGGUGGACUUGGAGAACUUUCAAGAAAGUUGGUUGAGACAAAGAAGCAUUUAACCUAUUCUCUCGUAUUUCUUUUAGUGAAGUUUGCUUUGCUUCUACCUGUUGCCACUGCUAUAGUUGAAAGAGCUUUUUUGGCAAUGAAGAUUAUCAAGAAUGACUUGCGAAAUCGAAUGGAAGAUGAAUUCUUAUAUGGUUGCAUAGUGCCUUAUGUAGAGAAAAAAGUAUUUAAAGAUGUUUCUAAUGAGUGUAUUAUGAAAACAUUUCAAGAGAUGAAGUGUCGUCGAGUGUAA